AGAUGGUUCACAUGUGGUUUUUUGCACGGAAAAUUUAUUUUACAACCAUAUUAAAUUUGAAAUUCCAAAUUUUCCAUAUCUUGAACAGAACGAGAUUUGCACACAAGAGUUGGUCUGGAACAUAGCUGGAAUUCCAAAAUAAAUUUCCUAUGAAAUUUUUAGCAGGGUUAGUUUAUAUGAUAAUCUCGUACACUUGGAACUCGUUAACUCGCAUAAAAGAGAAUCGGUCUCUCUCGCUUCGCGUUCACUUUGGCGCAAGACGCGACCGCGCCUCUUGAUAACUUUUGAUGUAACUUGUAAAUUUUAUGAGUCAUUAACUUUAUUUAUUAAAAAUAUGUAAACCCACCUUAACCUUGCCGCGAAAGUUUAGGUCAAGGAUCUUCGAUUCGAAAUUUCGCGCAUACCUAAACAUAACUGGCAAGACCACUAUUGUCCUAUUAUUUUCUCACUGUGGGAAUUUGGAAUUCUCGUUGCGUGCUACGAGGCAACAGGAAGUCGUCGGCAACAUCUUGACGGUGUAUUGCUUUCAUAUAAGUAUACGUGAACAAUACAAGAGCGGGGGCGAUCGGUAGUUCCUCCUUCUUGCGAAAGAUUCGAAUCGCAAUCCACGAUUAGAGAAUCGAGAGGAGCCAUCGAUCGAUCGACGUUGUUCCUUCCGAGAUUUAUUGCGCCGCUCCUGCUUCCCAGAAAUGUCACGGUAAAUGCAGGGCGCACCAGCCCGAUUGCAGUCGUGUAAACAGACGGGGAUCCGGCUGGUUUGACGUUCGCGAUGCAGUCCGACAUCAUGGAGGAUUUGAAGAUUAAAUUUUUCGGCCUCAUCAACAAGCAGAAUGCAACUAAAGUGCCACUUAUGGGCGUGAAUCCCGAUUUGCUUAAUCCACCUGACUUGCAAAAAUGUGAAGAUCUCUAUUCUGAAGCUGAUCAAUCGACAGAGAGUGAGCCUAUACCUGACCAAGAUGUGCUAGACUCUAUCGAGGACGUUUACUUCAGUACUGAUGAUAAUUUCGAUUCGUCGCUCUACGAACUGGAGAAAUUGCCAGCAAUACUGCAUUCUAAGGAGAUUGAGAAAUGUUUUAAGAAACUUAAGCAGCAGCAUCAAGUAGUCUCGAAGAAAGUGCUACAGCUUAUCUUGCAGAAGCAGAGUGCCUGUAAAGCGGAAUUUGAUAAGAUUCUUCUACUGCAAGAUCAACUGCAGGAUGUUUUAGAAAAAUGUAAAAUGGGAAGGUCAGAUCUGCAAUUAGCUGAGAAACAAUUUACCAAAGCGAGUUUAGGCAUAUUAGCUAACUAUCAGAGACGACAAGUAAUCCAGGAACUGUUAACUAGUUUAAAUACUAUAAAGACCCUGCAAUGUACGGGGGAUCGUCUGCAAGAGCUUUUAAACGAAGGAAAUUAUCCUGGAGCUAUAUCGCUUCUUUUGGAGUGUCAGAGUGCUGCUCAGACUUAUAGACAUUUCCGUUGUAUCGCCGAGCUGAAUACAAACCUGCAAAAUAUAUUAGAUCAAGCAGAAAGGACAUUAGACAAUACGCUCUCUAAAAUGUGCACUGAAUUCGACGUCGCGGUGUACUCUUCCAUUCAGGAAGCAUACACAUUGUUAGGGAAGACUCAAUCUGCCAUGGAUCAAUUGCAUAUGCAUUUCACCGCUGCCAUUCACAACACGGCGUUCGCCGUUAUCCAUCGCUAUGCCGGCGGUGACGUGAAAAGACAAUACAAACAAUUGUGUCAGGCUGUGCCUCGUGAAGAGCGUAUAACUUGUCUCACAGAGCUGUGCAAAUCACUAUGGACAAUACUGAAUUCAUAUCAUUUAAUUGUAAAUUGGCAUAAUAUGCAAGAGGAUAAAGCCGAGUGUAAAUCCGAUGUUAAGGAUGUAGAGAUAACUAUAAGUAAGCAAUACGUCAAACAUAAAUUAGAGAAUGGUAUGGUCAGAGUGUGGCAUGAUGUGGAACUGAAGAUAUCUAUAUACCUUAUGAACACCGAUUUGACAAAUACUAAGUUUGAACAAUUUGUUCAGGUAUUGGGUAUAGUUAACAGGUUAAUGGAAAUUGGGGAAGAUCUCUGUGGUUUUAAAUCGGAGAACUUACAGGAGUCCAUAAAAAAGCAAUCUCUAUCUUAUUUUUCUCAUUAUCAUGCAUCUCGUUUGGACGAAUUGAAAAUGUUUUUGGAACACGACGGCUGGGAAUUGUGUCCUGUAAAGUCCAAUUUUAUGGUUACCCAAUUAUUGGAAUUCCGAAGUCUGAAGCCUUCGCUCAAUAACUGUAAAGCAUGGAAUAGCCUAGAUAGCUCGACCUUAAGUGAUAGCGAUAAUUCUACGGGGGUCGAUCUGCAGAAAUAUUUGGAGAGCGGUUUGUCACCGUUCACAAUUGGAUUGGAUGAUACAAUGGACGAAGAUAUUUUAAUAAACGAUGAUAUUGAUCAACCUGCGUAUUUUUCGGACGAGUCCGACGAGGAUAUUCCCGAUGAGUUGAAGCACGAGUAUGUAGAUGAGUUGGACUAUACAAAAGUUAAUAAAAAAAAGUGCAAACUCAAACAGUCUGGACCCAUGGUCACGAACAUGACAUUAAGUGUACUGAGAGUGUGCGGCAAGUAUCUACAGAUGUCGAAGCUUUUGCGAUCAAUUGCGGUUACCGUCAUACAGAGCAUGAUACAAUUUUUCGAGCUAUGCUUCUACACAGUACACUUAUUCUUUACAUCAGAUCUCCAAAUCAAUAGCGACUCGUUAUACAGUCCAAAAUUAAAAUUAUCCUUAGCACGAAUUAGAGAAACACUGAUUAUCUCUGAGAAUGAUACAAUGGAAGAAAAUGGCAAUGCGAAUUACGAUAAAGUAAGACAACCACAGCUUUCAUCCAUUGUGAAUUUGUCACAGCCAGAGAAACUUUACGGAUUAACGGAACGUAUUGUAGCUGUCGAGUCUCUGAUAUUUUUAGGACAACAAUACGAAGGCUUAAGGCCUUAUUUAGAACAUCUCAUUGCCAGCAGUCCUCAGAGAGGAUUUUUACAUCAGUUUUAUAUGCAAACGAUAGCGUCCGCCGCUGACUUAAGAAAGCCAGUCUACAUGGCAGUGACGUCGCAAGCAUUUAACGUUGCAAAUAUUUUGAAUUUAAUGAGCAAAGUCAAUUGGGAAGUGACGGACGUCAUGUCUCAACACAGUAACUACAUCGAUGCGUUAAUUCAAGAAGUGUGCACCUUAAACGAAAGACUUAGUACUAUUAUUGGAACGUACAUUCCUUUAAAUGCGGAUAUAUGUAACGCAAUAUGGGAAAAUGUGGCUCACUUAAUCACACACACUUUAGUGGAAGGGUUUUCCAAUGCUAAAAAGUGUUCGAAUGGCGGUAGAGCUUUAAUGCAGCUUGAUUUCACGCAGCUAAAAUCAAAGUUCGAGAAAGUGACAUCGUUGAGACCUAUGCCACAUAGGGAGUACGUCGAAUUGUACAUCAAAGCGUACUAUCUUCCUGAAAAUAGCUUUGAAGAAUGGAUUAAAGAGCACAAGGAAUAUUCUGUUAAACAUUUAGUCGGUCUGAUUUCGGCGACAUGUCAGAACAAUAAGAAAACGCGGCAACGAUUGAUAGCAGUUGUGGAGGAGCAGCGGCCCGGUAGAUAGCAUCCAACCAUUUAUUAUAAAUCUGUACAAGAUUAUAUCGAGAUAGGAAGUACUUGAAAUGUCUUAUCGAAUCGGGAAUAUGACAAAUCGUGUUGUUAAUUGUACAGAAAAAUUGUAGAAUUUUUUAAGUCCGUUACAAAACUGAUGAGAUAUAUUCGUGUUUAAACUAUUUUAUCGAGUUAAAAUCUCUGCGAGAAUCAUGGUCGCGAACCAAGCAAGUCACACAUUUCAAUAUAUUCAUGAAGUAUUCUGUAUAUGAAUCUCGUAGUUCUAAGAACGCUUUUACAAUGUACUAACUGUAGAUCUAAUGUAUAUAUUACCAAUGUUCUAACAUAUACGUGAUAUUUUAGAGUCUAUACAGUUAGACCACACGUGAAUUGGUCCGAUAGAACUUUAGCUUAUUUUUAAUAUAUCGAGACAUUUCUCGAACGCUAAAAUGCACGAUAAAUACGAAUCUCAUUUGUAAAUUUUCGAAUUUACAACUGUGAACUGCAGUAUUGACAUGCGACAUCAUGGUAACUGAGAAUUCGAAAUGUUGCCAUUGAUUUUACAAUGAAAAGUUAUAUGUAUAUAUAUAUAAUCUGUAUACACAUUACUGCAUUAAUUUAAGAAAAAAAGAAAUUUUUUUAAUAUGAUAUUGUCAUAUAAAAAUCGAUAUUUUAAUAUUUAUCUGUUUUAAGAAUUCUAUUUUAUAUAGCUUUAUUUUUGUAAAAAAAUAGCACGCUUAAAUACGUAACGUGUUUUCUUUUUUUUUUGAGAUUAUACAUGUUAUUAAAUUUGGAUGUAAUGAAUAUUUCCAAAGUUAAAGUGAAAAAUAUGGAAGAUAAUGUGAUGAUUAAUAUCUCAUUUUACUAGAAACUAAUCGUAUUGUCGAAAUAGUAAAACCAUGACUCCUCCAUUGAAUUUUUUUAUUUCUUACUGAAUUUUAUCAGUUAUUUAUUUUACUUUACUGUUGAAUCAGUCUUGUGUAAAAAAUGGGGAAUAAUAUAUAUUAAAGUACUAAUGAAAAAAGAAAAAUUGUAAAGUAUCUUUAGUGCCUCUAUACCUAUUAUACAAACUAUUAUCAUAAAUGACAAAUUGCUGCGUGUGUUCAUUGCAUGGUACAUAUGUAUAUAUACCACAGAAUGUGCACAAUUUAAAGAAAUUUUUAUUAUACAAAUGAUAGUAAUAUACAAGUACAUAUAUACUUUCUAGCUUCGUCGAUUUCCGAUUUCGUAAAAAUUGCUAUUAUAUUUAUAUAUUGCAUUUAUUAUAUAUUUAUAUUCCAUAUACACACCAUGAACCAAAAAGCUCCUGUUGCACCACACAUGCAUACAUAUACACAGCUCCUAAUCGAAAUUAUCUUAAUGCCCGAAAGUUUUUAUGAACAACUUCGCUCUUCCUAUUUCGAAGAAUACGGAAGAUUUCCCUUUGAUUUAAUAAAGAUUCCUAAAAUAUUAAUUAGAAUUUAUUUGAAUAAUUACGUGAGUAAAUAGUUUUAUAAUAUAACAUUCGAGGGCCAUAAUGCAGAGUGUAACAUACUAUAGACUAAACAAUAGGAAUAAAUAGCAAAUAUGUAAAGUAA